AUGUCCCGAGUCAUUGUGAAGGGACUGCCGCCGUACCUAUCAGACUCAAGACUGCGCGAACACUUUGCGCAGAAAGGCAAGGUCACAGAUGUCAAGUUGAUGAGGCGGCCGGACGGCACGUCCCGGCGAUUCGGCUUCGUCGGGUACAGAACGGAGGCGGAGGCUGAAGAUGCUCGAACGUACUUUGAUCGAACGUACAUCGACACCUCACGUAUAUCCGUGGCGUUGGCCAAACAAAUUGGCGACCAGGACCUGCUGGCUGAAAAGACCGCACGCUUGUCCAAGUCGACCAAGGCCGACGAAAAAGAUCAGCGUGCCAAGUCCACGCAGAAGAAAGAUGACCAGACCGAAAAGAAGGCUCCCAAGGCAAGUGAAAAGGGCGCCACCUUCGAGGAAUUCAUGUCAGUUAUGGCGCCAAAGCUCAAGCGAAAGUCUUGGAUGAACAAUGAUGAUCUUACGCGGGCCAAUGAGGCAGAACAGAUACGUGAGGAGAAGCCGAUGACGAAGCGUAGAAAGUCGACGACAAAACCUGCACAGGCGGAUCCAUCUCUGACUGCGAGAGAGUCGGAUGGGGAAACGCCCAAGGACAAUGCCGCGUCGAAUGAAGCGCUCUCUGACCUUGAGUACAUGCGGCGACGCAUGCGGCACAAAGUUGCUGGUGGCGAAGGGCCGAGUCCAGCGUUUGAGCAAUCCGAUUCAGACUCCUCAGACUCGGAGGGCGAUCAAGAUCAGGACCAAGACGACGAAGAAGACGAUGAGGAUGACGAGCGAGACAAAGAAGAGGCAGCGCGUCGGAAAGCUACGUUGGAAGAGCAAAAGCGACGGGACGAAGAGAAUGUCGAUACCAUUAUGGAAUCAGCUCGCUUGUUCGUGCGCAACUUGCCGUACUCUGCGACUGAAGAUGAGCUGGCGUCAUUUUUUAGCUCGUAUGGUACUGUUGAACAGGUGCAUAUUCCAUUGGAUGCUCAAAGCAAGGCCUCUAAAGGCUUGGCCUUUGUCAAGUUUGUGGAUCCAUCGCAUGCUUUGCUCGCGUUUCGUGGGAAGGAUGGUGCGAUCUUCCAAGGUCGGCUUUUGCACGUGCUGCCAGCCGUGAGUCCUGUGCCCAAGCCUCAGUCAUCUGGCUCAUUGAAGCAGAAGCGGCAUGAAGCCAAAAAGGCCAUGGCCGGCAAGGAUUUUCAGUGGGGUAUGCUGUAUAUGAACAGCGAUGCCGUAGCGAGCUCGAUUUCUGAGCGCUUCGAUGUCCCCAAAGCGACGCUGCUAGGCGCCGACGAGGUUGCUGGUGUGAGUCCCGCUGUGCGUCUUGCAUUAGCGGAGACUCGGAUCAUCCAGGAGACCAAGCAGUUUUUUGCUGAUCAUGGCAUGAAUCUCGAUGCUCUUGAGCGCGUCAAGACACGCACGGACGAUACCAUUCUCGUGAAGAACAUUCCGUACGGGACUGGCGCGGAUGAAAUUCGCUCGUUGUUCGCACGAUUCGGCGACGUCGCACGUGUGCUGAUGCCUCCUUCAAACACGAUUGCUGUUGUCGAAAUGCCGAUUGUCAAUGAGGCUCGCGUCGCUUUCCGCGCACUCGCCUACAAACGCUUCAAAGACGCCGUGCUGUACCUGGAAAAGGCACCGACGGGCUUCCUACCGCCCCGGGGCAGCGGCGCUCCCCAUGCUGAGACGAUCGCAAGUGUGCAGGGCAAACGGGCACCAGAGUCGAGUCGCUCUCUUUUGGGGGCUGACACGAACGAUACGGCCGCCGUGGCUGCCGCCGAUGGCACUCUGUAUAUCAAGAACCUGAGUUUCGCGACGACAAGUGAGCGACUUGCCGAUGCAUUCCGUGCGCUAGCCGGGUUUGUUUUUGCCCGCGUGCAGACGAAGCCAGACGCAAAGCAACCGAUGGUGCGUCUGAGUAUGGGCUAUGGAUUCGUUGGCUUUACCAGUGCCGAACAUGCCAUCCACGCACAGAAAGCUAUGGACCAAUAUGUGCUUGAUGGGCAUACGCUGUCGGUGUCGCUUGCACGUCGUGGCCGUGACGCGGAUGACGACGCACCUGUCCAGCGAGCACCGUCGGCGAAGAUGCUUGUGAAGAACGUGCCGUUCGAAGCGACGAAAAAGGACAUUCGAGAGCUCUUUGGUGCGCACGGCCAGCUCAAAAGUGUGCGGGUACCGAAACAGGUGCAUGGUCGUACGCGUGGCUUUGCGUUCGUUGAGUUUGUGUCGCGACGUGAGGCUGAGAACGCUAUGGCAGCUCUAAGACACACCCACUUACUUGGUCGGCACCUUGUGUUGGAGUGGGCCGGCGAUGCCGAGGGUACAGCUGGCGUUGAUGAACUGCGCGAGAAAACGCGUCAUGCAUAUGUGGGCGAGUCGGACCGACCCCGUGCUCUGGGACAGCGGGCAAAGAUUCGAAUGGGUGCCGAACAAGUUGCCGAAGCCGUUGCGCAACAAGCGAAGAAAUCGGAUGACGAUGGUGACGACGACGAUGACUGA